AUGUCCGUCCUGCGCCACGGAGGAGGCGGCGGCUUCCUCCAGCGCCGCCUCACCAAGCUGUAUACCGAUACCAAAACAUCCUGUGAGAGUGUCACCACCGCCUCAAAGGCACUCGAUGAUCCGGAACUCGUUGCCCUCCACCAGAGUUUCCAGAAACAACGGGACCGGCUGUUGGCCUGGGGUUUGGACUGGAGCGACGCCAGCGCCGCUCAGCCCAACGAUAUCGAUGAGUCUUUGACUGCGGCUGGAUUCAGCGAUGUGGUUGAGAGUGUCAUGUCUACAAUUCAGGACCUGCUCAAUGAUGCCGAACGAGUUCAGCACCUUGACCCCCCGCUUCCCUCGAAAGACCGCAAGGUGGACCCGUCAAAAGAAGCCGUCGGACCUCUCAAGACCCAGUGGACAGACAAUGAUAUCAGCCGUUCGCAAACAAUAUUGAGUGACUUGACGGCCUGUAUUGACACCUUAUACGACCUCUCCCGCUCGCGUCGGACAAUGGCCUCUAGCAUGUCUUCAACCAAGCGGCGCGCUCGACCCAUUCCGGCCUCACCAUAUGACUCUCCCCUUGGCUCUUUCUCUGAAUCUAAAGAAAAGGUCCAGAGCCCGAAGCAACUCUUUGAACAAUAUACCUCAUCUCCUACUAUGCAGCGUGAUUUCGCUGCAUCAUUCAUCUCCCCCCAUCAUCUUAUCAUUCAACGAUCUGCUUUGCAGCUAUAUGGAGCUGCCGUUGAUAACAAUCCUCCACCAUAUGAGCCAGUUGCAGCGUCUUCGAACUCGCGUGCCGUUGGUCGAUUAAAUACUUCCGCCUCUUCUGCUCUUAAGACCUCUAUCAAAGAAUCUCAUGUUUCCGUCUUGGUUGAGUUUAUGCCUAUCAUGGCGGAUUCCCAGAAGGACGCUAAGAAUACCCGACUGGAAAAGUUGCAACAAUCUCUCGAUCAACUGCUGCAGAAUGCCAGGAUAUCACAUCUUGGUCUUUUACGAUUCUUAGGCUAUUGCAUUGAUGAGCCAAACGCCCGUUACGCCUUUCUUUAUCAGAUGCCCGUUGAUUAUUUCCCAUUUCUCACCAAUCCAAGUGAUUUAUUGAAAGAAUUGAAGCCCAUGCCACUCGUCUCACUUCUCCCCUCCCCUUCCGCAGAAGACUAUCGUGAGAAGCGGAUGCCAAACCUGGAGACCCGCUUUCGGCUUGCCUAUGAUUUAUUGAUGUCUGCCUUGCACUUGAGAAGUCAAAACGUCGUGCAUGGUAAUAUCAAUAGCAGUAAUGUCAUUUUCUUUCCCGGUCGGACAGAUGCAAACAACGAGGAUGGUGGCUUGUCUCCUGACCUUCGUCGUCCUUAUCUGACCUCCCCAGCUCGCUUCUCCGGAGACGGACCCACCCCUGAGCCAUUGAGUACGGCCAUGUAUCGUCACCCAGAAGACAAGAGGAAUGUCGAAGAUGAUGGUGCAUGGGCUUAUGAUCUUUACUCGCUCGGUCUGAUCUUGCUGGAAAUUGGUCUGUGGGCACCGGUUGGGCGCCUAUGGAAAAUGAAAUAUGACCGUUCCUGGUUCAAACACCGCGUUGAGGAUCUCUACGUCAAGAAGCUUGGGGCGAAGUGCGGUGGUGCGUACCUGCAGGCCGUGCAACUUUGUCUUGAUGCACCCAAUUUCCAUCUUUCUACGCAACCCAUGACGGACCUCUCUCUCCGUGUUCCUCAGAUCUACCACUAUCCUGUCCUCGACUUGUCUGAUCCCGACGGGACAUUUUCUUUUUCGAUGAACUUUAUGUACACCAUCUGCAAGAUUCUCUGGUCAUGUUGUCGGAUCGACAUCUUCUCCGCGCCGCCUGCCGAGGAACUGGAUGACUGCCUACCACUGGCUCUUGUCCCCGCCCCAGAGUCUACACCCGCAAAUGAGCAAGUGUCCGCUUAUAAGUCUGCCUGUCAGCCAGCUGACCUUGGUAAGAAGCUACCGAGCAUACCGACCCGCCAGUGGGGUGCACAGGAAAGAAGUCUAGAGAAACCCGCCAAGAAACGCACGGUCAGGCGUCUUCCUAAUCUCGAAAUACCUGAUGCGCAUCUACAGGAAUGGAAUUUCCAGAUGAUGCCGAAGUUGAGCCGCCUACUACAAAAAAUCCUGAAAGACUCAAAUGAAUCAUGUGGAGCUAAUCUCAUAAUGACCGGAGAAUCGCUCGAAACCGCACGGACCACCAUCUGUGUUACCUGUUCAAGCGUCAAGAAAGUUCGCUCUGCUCUGAAAAAACAUUUUCAGCUGGGUCGUGAUGAUUGGGAUCUUAUCGUCAUUCGGGGUGAUAUCGAAAGAUCCAAGGUUCCUCGUAAUAAACGACGCAAGCCGGCGAUGACACGCCCCAACGGAUCUAACGAAACGCCUUUUCGUCAACGAGAACUGAAUCCAUGUUACCAGCAACGACCGUUAUGUGGCGCUUCCAUUGGUGCCUUCCAAAAUGAGGAACAUCUGCCCCCAGUCUCGUAUGGCGGUGCAGUCCUAGUUGAUGGAAUGCCCUAUGGUCUGACAGUUCAUCACAUGCUUGAGGCUCCGAGCGACGAUGAAGAAUCCGAGAACAACGACGAAGAUGUACCGGCUCGUUUUGCAGGUAAUUGGCCUCGUAACACGCACACCCCUACCGUCCCGAAUACGCAUUUAACUCAUGCCCACACCGAAAAUAAACAAUCAGAAGAAAAUCUUGACCUCGAGAUAUCGGAUUUUGAGGAUGAUGAUAGCGCAUCAAUAUCACAGGGUCCAGGAGAUGGCCAUGAUGAAUACUGGCUAUCCGACGAUGAAUCCUCCGACGAUGAAUCCAUUGAUCCCGACAACGAAGAUGAUGACGCUGCAUCAAUAGGCGACACAACCGGUAUCGAGCCAGGUGAAGAGCCACGGCUUUUUGUCACCCAGCCUGCGAUUGAUGACGUCCAUGAGGAUUUUUUUCCGUCACCCGAAGAUCGAGAUGACGAGCAUCUUGCCUCGCAUUCUUUAGGCUACAUCCAUGCAUCAUCAGGUGUGCGGCGCUGGAUGUGGAAGGGGAUCAAGCAUGAGAUUGAUUGGGCUCUCAUCAAAGUCGAUGACGCUCGCAUGGACCCUCGCAAUAUCAUCGUCGACAGCACGACGUCCUCUCCUGCUAGGCCCCUUCCUGGACGAGCGGCUCAAAGCCCACCCAUAUUUCUCAAUCAAAUUGCUCGGAUGGAAGAGCUGGGUGGCUUGCAAGUCCAUUGUUGUGGCCGGACAAGUGGCCUACAAUCAGGCCUUAUAUCUAAGGCAAUGACGCUAGUUAAGCUGCAUGGUCGUCACUCCUUUUCGACGAGCUUCUGUGUCAAUGGGAACUUUGGAGCCCCUGGCGACUCCGGCGCAUGGGUAUUUGACAGAUCAACCGGCCGAGUCUGCGGCCACGUCUUGGCCUGGUCCGAAAAGAGCAACACCACCUACAUCGCCCCAAUGGAAGUCACUAUCGAAGACAUCGCACGCACCCUUAACGCCUCCCUCGUCUCCCUUCCUGGUGAUCCCACCAGGUCCAUGGGCUACAUCUCUCAUGCCUCGUCACAACAACCAGCCCAAUACCGCUAUCCGUCACAACAACUUCCUGGUGACUUCAGCCGUCUGACUGUCGGUGGUCCUCCUACACCCCCAAUGCCUCCACCUCAUCCCUUCUCCCAUCCUCAUCCUCACCCAUAUCCUCACCAUCCGGGUUUCAGUCGCCCUCCACCUCCACCUCCUCCACCACGACCCGGCUCUCGGGAAAGCCAUGGCUUCCGUGGUCGUGUGUCGCCAAUUCCACCGACCCUUUUAACAGGGCCCCGGAAUGUUGAACGUCAGCUUGCGUGA